AGAACCCAAGCAGCCAUAGCCAUGGAUGCAACUCCAAUGCACAUAGCAAUGUAUCCAUGGUUUGCUAUGGGGCACCUAACCCCAUAUCUCCACCUCUCCAACAAAUUAGCAAAGAGAGGACACAAAAUCUCUUUCUUCAUCCCCAAAAGAACACGAGCCAAGUUACAACAAUUCAAUCUACACCCACAUCUCAUUACCUUUUUCCCUAUCAAUGUUCCUCACAUUGAUGGCCUUCCUCAUGGUGCAGAGACCACUUCAGAUGUCUCUUUCUCUUUAGCUCCACUCAUUAUGACAGCUAUGGAUCAAACUGAGAGGGACAUAGAACUUCUCCUUAUUGAGCUAAAGCCACAAAUUGUUUUCUUUGAUUUCACACAUUGGUUACCAAACUUAACUCACCGCUUGGGGAUCAAGUCUUUUCAGUACAAUAUUGUUAGCCCAGCAACAGUUUCUUACGUUAGAUCCCCAUCGAGGAUGCACCAAAGUGGUAACAUGAAUGAAAUUGAUCUUAUGCAACCACCCGCAGGGUACCCUUUUUCAUCCAUUAAGCUUCAUGCACAUGAAGCAAAGUUCCUUGCGAAAAGGAACUAUGAGUUUGGUAGUGGUGUUCUUUUUUAUGACCGCCUCAACACUGGUUUAGUCCUAUCAGAUGCGGUAGGAUUCAAAGGUUGUAGAGAAAUUGAAGGGCCUUUUGUUGAUUACCUUGAAGAUCAGUUUGGGAAGCUUGUUCUGCUUUCAGGACCUGUCAUACCUGAGCCACCCAGCACUGUUUUAGAGGAAAAAUGGGCUUCAUGGCUUGGAGGAUUCAGGGAUGGUUCAGUAAUUUAUUGUGCACUUGGAAGUGAAUGGAUAUUACCACAAGAUCAAUACCAAGAAUUGUUGUUGGGUCUUGAGUUAACUGGUCUUCCAUUUUUAGCAGUUCUUAAACCUCCUAUUGGAUUUGACACAAUUGAAGCUGCUAUGCCAGAAGGGUUCAAAGAAAGGGUUCAAGGGAUUGUCCAUAGUGGAUGGAUACAGCAACAAUUGAUUUUGGAUCACUCAUCUUUGGGUUGUUUCAUAACACAUUGUGGGGCUGGUUCAUUAACAGAGGCACUAAUAAAUAAAUGUCAGAUAGUGUUGCUACCACAUCUAGAUGGGGAUCACAUUGUUAAUGCAAGGAUGAUGGGUCGAAACUUGAAGGUUGGAGUUGAAGUAGAGAAGGGUGAAGAAGAUGGGUUAUUCACAAAGGAAAGUGUAUGCAAAGCAGUGAAAAUUGUGAUGGAUGACGAGAAUGAGCUUGGCAGAGAAGUGAGAGCAAAUCAUACUAAGGUGAGGAACCUCUUACUAAGCCAGGAUUUGGAGUGCGUCUGUGUUGAUAGUUUCUGUCAGAAGCUUCAAGAUUUAAUCAGGUGA